CUUCUUAGUGAUCAAACGUAUUUUCUUAUAAAGGUCUCUUGUUUCGUAUUUUUUUCGGCAUGCGAUUCAACUUCUAUGUAUAUGUUUGUCAACGUACACAACUGUACUAAAAUGACAGUUGGAAUCAGCAGAUAGGAGUAAUUUUAAUAUCUUGGAUAUAAAAACAGAGCUAAAUUACUUACAUAUUAGUAUACCCAUACUCUGAACUGCUUCCUAGUUCCUAGUAAAACAACUCCGUGCAUCUGCAUUCAUGUAUUCUGAUUCACAGCAUCUUAACGAAUUUCGUCGAACCCUUAUCCGCAGUUCGGGUAAUUGAUAUUUCCUGUAAAUAACGUACAAGUUCAUAAAUUAGUCAUAAAUCAAGUCAGGACCUAUUUUGCUACUGUGCUCCAAUAUUUUAAAGUGGGUGGUGCGCAAAGAAUAUAAUACUCACUAGGAGGUGGUGCGUGUGCUUGGUAACUUUUUAACAAAUUUUAUGAUUAUCAAAUAUGUACCUAUGUAAUAAAAAUAUUCAAAUUAAUUACCAAACUAUAUCUACAACGCAGACUUCAUCAAUAUAAUAGGGAGUAUUGCUGAAAUGUUCUGCCGCCAGAGUGCAGCACUAGCACUUUUCGUAAACCAUAGAGUAACUUAUACACACUGUGUUAAACUGAUUUUUGACAAAUAUUUACAGAUAAUAAAAUAUGAUAUUGAUGCAUCUAGUUUGUUUACAAAGGGCCUACCGGGAAACGCGAAGAUCGUUAUUUAGUUAUUUGCCUCUUCAUCGCUCGAAUAUGCAAGAGUGAUAGUGAGGUUAGAUAACGAAAUUUCAAUUUUCUUGUUUGGCGGUAGCCCUUCAGAUUGUGAUGGAUUGUGGUAGUGGCGCCCCCUACGCAGAGUUUCGCGUAAUAUUCCCUAUCCCUUCGGGUGGCAGCGCCUCCGGUUGAACGGUGGGGGAAAUGGCGAGGCCAUUUUUAAAAAUAUGUCUUACGUGGCAGAGGCCGGGAGCUGGACACUCCCCUAAUUGGCGGCGACCCGGGAGACGGUUCUGUCAUAACAAGCCCUUGAGUGGCAGAGACCGUCUCCCAGCCUCUGUGCGACGCCGUAUUAUAAAACCGUUAAAAUUAUGCCUUGCUUGCUCACUCUUGCAUGAUGCAUUCAUCAAUAAACAAGGAUGAUAUUUCCUAACAGUCGAAUUCCCGCGUAAAGCUAAGUUUGUUAGAAAUGACGUGAUGUCACCAACUGUCGAGCCGCGAAAAUGCAAACGGAAUACGCAGUGAUAAAACGUGAAAUAAGCUGUGUAUUGUAAGGGGUGAAAAAAAGUUUAACGUGUAAAUCAAUGUAUUGUUUUGUCAUAAAGACUGCUUUUUCUUCAAUCAAUUGUUUUAUUUCCUAUUUAUACGUGUUUUUAUACAUGAAAGUAGAAAAAUUUGGUAAUGUGAGAUAAGAACAAGUCUAGCAUAAUUCACAUAAAUAGAAUGGAAUUCAUUGGUAUACAAUCAAAUAAGCCAUUUUAUGUUGAAUUCAAUGUGUAUAGUUUAUAUAUAUAUCAUUCAUAAAUUUUUUUGGGAUUUUUUUUAUUGUAACGGUAAAAGUUUAUUUGAAAAUUACAUGUCAAGGAUUACAAUAGUUAACAAUACAUUUACAUUACGUCAGUUAUGUCAUUCAUUAUAAAUUAAGCUUAAACUAAACUAAUCAAACUAGAUGUUUUGGGAAAUGGUUAUAUUUCUACCACGCGCCUGGUAGAAUCUUUGCCAGGCUCUUAGACUCUCUUAACUCUAUGGCCAGGCUCUGAUGUUUAUCAAAUAAUCAAUUUAUUUAACCAGCUACUUAAAUGCUAUGACAUUGACAUUAUUGACACUAGUAUGUGACAGUAGCAACAAAGGAAUUAUUUCCCAAUAAUUUUCCAUGCGAUUGUGCAAAUAUUAAAUUAAUAUGUAGUUACUUACAAAACAAGAAAACUCCUCUGUAAUAAUAAUAUCAUAAUUCGUAGAUUUAGUUUCAAACGCAGGCCAUUGUUACAAUGAGAAAUAAUCGUGUCAAGAUAAAGAACGGUAUUUUGACAGUCUACAAACAACUGUAAACUGAAUCAAGAUGUAGACACGGCCUUCACCAUGGACUCAACAAGUUCAAAUCUACAUGAAGUAAUGACUUCAAAUUUAAAACAAAUAUUUCACCACAAAGGGAAAUCUUUCGUGCGGGAAGUACUUUUAGCAGAUGCAAACGUACCAUACAAAUUAUCUGUGGACCGAAGUAAAAACAAGCUAUUUUUCUGUAUAAAUGCCGACGAUUUCUCUAACCAAAGUUUCCAUUUAGUAGUGUUGGAUCUUGAGACUGGGAUACCGUGGGUCAUCCAGGGGAUACGCAACGGGUUUGCGAGCGCCGUAGACCCCGCCACCGGCACCGUGUAUCUUGGUGGGAGCAAUGGCAUCUUCAAAUACAACUACAAUACAUUAGCUGCUCAAGGUCCCGUGCUCAAUAGAGUCGAUGUCUUUGAUAUGUUCUUCAAGAAUGAACUCUACUUCGUUGACACAGCAACGCAGGCUUUGUCUAUUCUCAGGAAUACUAGAAAGGUUCCCGUUAAAGCUCUAAAGGGCUAUUUGAUUCAGCAUUUCAUAAUAGACGGAAAAGAUGAUUUUCUUUUCACUAAUUCAACGGGUCUUUAUAUCUUACCUCACGGACAUCAAGCUGCUAAUUUGGUCCCCUAUAGCGAUACUAUGAACUUCAGGGGGGCGGCUGUGGAUACUUACGGACACGCACAUUUUAUCACUGAAGAUGGUGUUUAUCAGAUCGAUAAGAAUACCAAUCAGUUGCGGAAAUGGUUAUCGGUCCGGAAUGGAUAUGGUUUGGCAUUCGACAAAUAUAAUAAUAUCAUUUACAGCGACGAGCGCUCUAUUAAUAAAAUCUACCCUUUAGAAUGUACUAAAGACGACAGUGAUGCUGAUAAUUCUAAUUUCGGACAAUAAAGCCUGAGAUAUA